CUUGUUUAAAGAAAGAUAGCAUUAUUCUAACCUUGUUGGCUGGCGGAACGUUUAUUACUCGCAGUCACCAAAUUUCAAUCGGCAGUUGAAAUUGUUCAUUUUCUGUGCAGUUGACUCGAGUCGUCAGUUCGUAGAGCAAUACGUGAUUUGAAAAAUGUCUUGCCCCAGGAUUCAACAGACAAAUGGAGAAGCAAACCUCGCUUCGCCUAGGAAAAAACAGCGAACAUCUAUAUCCGGACUUCUCUCUAAGGUCACUGUUGUUUUGGGUGCUCAAUGGGGAGAUGAAGGAAAAGGAAAAGUUGUCGACGUUCUGGCCAACAAUGUUGAUAUUGUCUGCCGAUGUCAGGGAGGAAAUAAUGCGGGUCAUACUGUAGUAGUUGACAAGACCGAAUUCCAUUUUCAUCUUUUGCCUAGUGGAAUUAUCAAUCCGAGAUGCAAAUCUGUUAUAGGAAAUGGAGUCGUUAUUCAUUUGCCAGGACUUUUUGCUGAGCUCGAAGAAAACGAAGCAAAAGGAUUGAAAGAUUGGGAGAAUAGACUUGUAAUUUCUGAUAGAGCUCAUUUAGUUUUUGACUUUCAUCAGCAAGUCGAUGGACUUCAAGAGCAGGAGAAAGGAAACCAAUCUCUAGGAACAACAAAGAGAGGCAUUGGUCCAACUUAUUCAUGCAAAGCUGCCAGAAAUGGCCUUCGAGUGGGAGAUCUUUUGGGAGAUUUUGAUAAAUUUGCGGAAAAAUUUAAAACCUUGGUAGAAUCUUAUCAGAGAAUGUUUCCCAAUCUACAGGUUGAUAUAAAAAAUGAGCUGGAGCGUUAUAAAGAGUACUCUGAACGGGUUCGGCCCCUUGUCAAGGAAACGGUUCACUUCCUUCACAUGGCCCUUCGCGACGGAAAGAAAGUUCUCGUGGAGGGAGCCAACGCAGCUCUGUUGGACAUUGAUUUCGGAACUUAUCCGUACGUAACGAGUUCCAACUGCAGCAUCGGAGGUGUGUGCACGGGGCUUGGAUUGCCACCGAACACCAUUGGGGAAGUCGUUGGAGUAUGCAAGGCUUACACAACCAGAGUUGGCGACGGCCCAUUCCCAACAGAACUUCUCGACGACACUGGCGAUCUCUUGCAGAACAGAGGUCGGGAAUUUGGUGUGACAACAAAACGCAGAAGACGUUGCGGUUGGCUUGACCUUCCUCUUCUGAGAUUUACGGCGCUAGUCAAUGGGUACACUGCACUCUGCCUGACAAAACUGGACAUCUUGGACACUUUGCCCAAGAUUAAAAUCUGCGUUGGUUACAAUCUAAAUGGAGAGGAAAUUGAUUAUGUUCCCAGCAAUUCAUCCGAAUUUGCCAAAGUUGAAGUAAUAUAUGAAGAGAUGGACGGAUGGAAAUCCAGUACGGAAGGAGCUCGAUCACUGGAAAAAUUACCGUCCAAUGCACAAAAAUACGUUCGGAAAAUUGAAGAAUACUUGGGUAUUCCAGUUAAAUGGAUUGGUGUGGGAGCGGGAAGAGAAAGUAUAAUUACCCUUUGACAACUUUCUGAAAAAGAUUCGCCAGAGCACAUCAAUUUUAGAGCAUUAUUACUCGAAUCGAAUAAAUUUGUCUCGUCUGAAAGUUGAUGUGUAAAUCAGUGUUUUGCAUUAACGGUAAAAAAAAAAAGAAAAAAAAAAAAAAAAAAGAGGAUAAACAAUAAAAUCAAUUAGACUAAUUGUAAGAUCAGCGGUUUUAAAAAUCGAUAAUUAAAGCUUGUACGAUCUCCUACAUAGCAUGGCUAGCACGCAAAAAUCUUUACGCACUGAUUAAGGAGUGAUUUUUUUUAAUAAAUACAACAACUAUACAUUUUUAUUUAAAGCAACGUAAUGAGAAGACUUUUUCAACUCGUGUCGCAUUUGAACGAGAAUAAGAUAAUUAAUUACUUUGAUAAAUUUUUUUCUAUUAUCACAUCUUGUUGAAAUUUAAUUGUCAGUUGUGCAUGACUCUUGAUUAACAGUUAUUAAUGUCUGAUAAUCGAAUUGUAUUUUUAUGUCGUCCUUUUUUAUUUGGCGAAUACUUACUCUGUAUAAUGAAUAAUGAAUAAUGAAUUUGAUUGCUGUUUUUCAAGAUAAGGCAAUGAAAUCGCUUUUAAUCAUC